AAGUCACGGCAAUUUGAAAAAAAUUAGUUUGUGCAUUUAUUCCGGCCAAGAAAUUUCUCAUUGAGGUAACUGUUUUGUGAAGACUAUAACACCACACAGAAAUGAACAGAAAAAUCCAACUUUUGUUUUGGGAUUUUGUUAUUGUGUUUCCUCAGAAAGGAAUUUAAUGUCUUAGAACUUUGACAGCUAAUCAAAGCUCAUUAAGACUCUACGGGAUUCACAAAAUGCACACAACAAUUAACUUCGUACAGCGUGAAGUUUCUUCUCAACAAUGCUUUCUAAAUAUUAAGACCAUACCGCAAAUUCAUGCCAAGAAUGUGGGAAUGCUGUGACAAGUUGAAAUGGCAAUGUCAGCUACGCAUACAGAUAGACGGCCUCCUUUCAAAGACACCGCGUGAGCUGAUGGCCCAGCACAGAAACGGAAGGAAAGCCGGGUGGCCAUGGGCGCCUAGCCGGAAGUGCAUGGAGCGGGACCUGGUGCCACACCGGAAGGAAGGCGCUCUCACGCAGAGGCUGUCGGGAGAAGUCCAGGCCGCUAUCUGGCUGUGUGGCUCUGCUUGCAAGCUGUGAGGGACCAGCACUGGAAGCUCUAGAGAGAUGAACUGGGUCGGGGGCUCACGGACCAGGGUUCUAAUAAAGCAAGAAAGAAGAAAGCAGAAGGAAUACUUUGAAAAGAGUAAGUUAAAAUCAAAAAUGAAAUCACUAGGAGUUUUUCCACCUGUCAAGAACCCCACUGCCAGUUUAGACCUUCUUAAUCUGUACAUGGUCAAUCAGAUAUCGUCCAAGAAGAAAACACCUGAAAUCAUGAAAAGACCAACUCAUGUGAAUAUGAAUAGAGACUUGAAAGUUCCACUAAGAAAGCAUGCGUUAGAACUUCCAAUGUCACCUCAUUGUGUACCUUCCAAACUGUGCAUCGAUGACAUGGGGACUAAUGCACCCUAUCAAAGAUUAUGUGGCACAGAAGGAGCUGACCCAGGUCAGUCAUCACAAGACAUGAACUCAUACAGAAUGUUCAAAAAAACAGAAAACUACAGUUGUAUUCCACUCUCUCUUCCAAUGGAAUUACCAUCUAACAAACAUAUUCCAAACCAAAACUCCACCCCAAGGACAGCACCAAAUCCUUGGAAAUUUGCAUCUGAAACAAAGCAAAAUGAGCAGUUCAGUAACGGAAAUUUUUCUGAUUCCUUAUUUUACAAAUUAAAUAAACAUCAAGAUAUUUUCAGUUCAUCUCAGGAAACAGCAGAGUUUGGAGAAUCAUCUGAGAGAAUAAACGGUCCAGAAAUUGGUGCUUUCCUUACUAAAAGAUCUGUGAUCAUGGGUGAAGAUUGUGGAAGCCUGUGUGAAAGAAGACAACCAGACUUUGCUAUGGAAAAAACAGCAGUGCAACAGAUGUGGAGGAAUGAUGGGAAAGCAUUCUCUAAUUUUUUAGAACAUGUGAUUCAGCCAACUCCGAGACAUCUGUCAUCUAAUCACGACUUGGACUCCUUUGUUGGUCCCAAUAUGAUCAAUUUACUAAGCAGAGAUCAGCCGGGGAGAAUGGCAGCCUUUCACAAGCGUGGCUCUGGUAGUUUGAGUGACUCCUGUAUAGUUUCUUCUGAUGAAAGCCAUUACACUGGUGGGUUCAUUAACGGGGAUUUGACAGUUCCUCGGGCAGCUUUUCAUAGUCCUCCACAUAAUACAAGUUACUUAGGAACAUGUCAGUCAAAGAAGCCCUACCAGAAGAAGUACAGCAAUAGUGAAAUACAUGAAUUUAGAGGCUCUUUUGAGAAAGAUUGUCACCUAACCAGCUGUGGAAGAAAAGGAAAAAUUGAAAGUAAUGACCAAGAGAAAGAAGUGCAGAUAAAUCCCUGGGAAUACCCAGUGUGCUCUAGCAGUGAUACUCCUUUGAAAGAAUUACAUCGUAAACAGUCAUGUGAUUUUGACCGUAAUGAGAUCCCAGUGGAGAGAAGAGGAGUAUGUUCUUUAAAAGCGAGGCCGAUGUCUGCUGAGAGAGUCUAUCUGGAGUCUUCGCAGAGCAGCCAAUCCGCCAGCUACUCUCCACGGCUGAUGGAGAGUACAUUCAGCUCGAGUUCUGAUUUGGUAUCUGAAGAUGAAGAUCAAAUACAGCAGCAAACUGAAGAUUCAAAUAAGAAAGACACAGAAACAGCUGAUAAUUUUUGUAAAGAAAAGGUGGUAGAUCAUUUAGGUGACAUAAUUGUGGAAGACAAUGUCAAAACUCAUAAUUUUCAUGAGUCUUCAGUGAAAAAUAAUACUGAUACAUUUCUAGAGUCUCAGUACAAUUCAGAACAUACCUCACAAAACAAAAUCAGUAAUAACUGUGUGUUUCAGGCUAGAAGAUGUGAUGUAGGGGUACAGACAGAGAAAGAGCUGGCUGUGGGGGAAACAGCUGAUGUUGCCAUACAGUGUACCAUAAUCUCCCAAUGUCCAUGUAAAAGUAGUCCCAGUGUUCCUGUAAAAGAGGUCCCUUCCCUUCAUAAGACUGGCAGCUGCAGCAAAGAUAUCAGGGCAGAUACCACUGGAGGGCAGGAAACACAGAUAACUCAUUCUAAAAUCUCAGUUUAGGAUGCAGUGUUUCAUUUAACCUUGGAAGACAAUAGGACAUGUAUAGGUCUUCAUUAAUGUAGUAAGUAAUCAGAAAAUGAGGCUGAGCUUAAAGGGGAAUUUUUAAGUUCUGUUGUUUCCAUGCAAUUUUAAUAUUUCUGUUUUUAAUAUUUUAUGUAGGCAUUUCUUUAAUAGCCUUAUUUGUAGAAAUUCAUAU